GGCUUUCUGUGGCUAAAUCGGCCCGAGCCGGGUAGGGGCCUUCCGGGCGUGGGUGAUGGUCUCGGCCGAUUGACUGACAAAUGACUGACUGAUGCAGCUGUGAGGUUUUCUGGGUGACCAGGCAGCACCUGCAAGCCCGGGCCAUGAGUAAUUGCCCUUGGCUUUAAAACGAGGAGCAGCUUCCCUCCGGGCACCACACGGGAGGUUCAGGAAGGUGCCAAGGACCCUGAGACUGUCACGAAGGGGAAGAGUGACUCACGCUGCUUUCGAUGGUCUGCGCAGUCAAAACACCAAUUAUUAACUCCAGGCUUUAUUUUUGCAACUUUCUCAGGGUGAUGCGAGAAGGAGCCCGGCAUGCCGUACUUGGACCGACAGAACCGUAUCUGCGGGUUCCUGGACAUUGAAGAAAAUGAGACCUGCGGCAAGUUCCUGCGGAGGUAUUUCAUCCUGGACACCCAGGCCAACUGCCUCCUGUGGUACAUGGACAACCCUCAGAACCUGGCCAUCGGAGCGGGUGCUGUCGGAUCUUUGCAGCUGACCUAUAUCUCCAAGGUUAGCAUCGCCACACCGAAACAGAAGCCAAAAACUCCGUUCUGCUUUGUUAUCAAUGCUUUAUCUCAGCGCUAUUUCUUACAAGCCAGCGACCAGAAGGACCUGCAGGACUGGGUGGAGGCGCUGAACCGGGCCAGUAAGAUCACGGUGCCAAAGGGCGGCAGCGUCCCACCGGCCACAGAGAUUGCGAAACCUCCAGUGGUACCCCAGGCCCAGGAGAGGAAGCCCCAGGUGGCCUACAAAACCGAGAUCAUCGCGGGGGUGGUGGUCCACACGCCCAUCUCCAUCAACCAGAAUGGGGGGGACGGAGGGGAGGGCAGCGACGUGGCCGCCCACCCACUGCUGCGGCGCUCCCAGAGCUACAUCCCCACCUCGGCUGCCAAGCCGCCCACCGGGCCCCCCGUCCUCAAGAGCGGCUACUGCGUGAAGCAGGGGAACGUGAGGAAGAGCUGGAAGCGCCGGUACUUUGUUCUGGAUGAAUUUUCCAUCAGUUACUACAAGUGCGAGCAGGACAAGGAGCCCUUGCGUUCGAUUCUCCUGAAGGAUGUCUGCAAGACCCACGAGUGCCUGGUCAAGUCUGGUGACCUCCUGAUGCGGGACAACCUCUUCGAAAUCAUAACGAGCUCCAGAACCUUCUACAUCCAGGCAGACAGCCCUGAGGACAUGUACAGCUGGAUCCGAGUAAUCACAGGGGCAGUCCAGGCCCUGAAAACCCGCCCGAGGGAGAUGUCCUUCAUGAGAUCCAUCUCCAUGGUCAAGCCUGGGGGCUCCGCAGCCCCCUCCCAGCAGCGACAGGCGGCGGAGGAGAGGAGGGCACUGGGCAAAGCCCCCUCCACCUCCUCCUGGCAGCCCUGGACGCCGGUGCCGCAGGCGGAGGGGAAGCAGCCGGCGCCGGAGGAGGCACCCACGCUGCUGAGAGACUCGGUGUUCAUGCCGGCCUUCACGGAGCGCGACGCCGGAGCCGUGCCGGGCAAGCGCGUGCGGCACAAGUCGGAGCCGCAGCAUCUCAAGGAGAAGCCGUUUGCCUUUGACCUGGACGAUGAAAGCAUCCGGACCUCGGACGUCUGACCAGGCGCCGAGCCACCCCCCGGCUCCGUGCACUGCCUCCCCGGCUGCCGGGGGUCCCCACGGGGUGGUUCGGGGCGCGCGGCGGCGGGCCUGAGGUGGCUGGACCCCACGCAUCCGCUCAGCGUCUCGGACUGAGCUCACCCCGUCGUCUCGGCAGGGGUGAGGCGCCCCUUCCCUCCACCGCUGCUCCUCCCUGUGAUACAGGGUCCGGCUGGACCCGUGUCCCGGCGUCCCGCUCUGCCGGGGAGCGGGGCCCCUCCGUGCUCCUGCCUGGGCUUUGCCCCGGGCGCAGCGCAGGUGGCCCCGUGUUUCGGAAGCUGCCUCCGGGCAGGGUGACCCGCCAUCGCUCGCUGCGCGGGCUGGGAAGCGCCGGUCCCCAGCACGGCCUGGCACGGGGGCAUCCAUCCUCUUCUGCUACUGCAUAAUUUCCCCCAAAACCCAAGCCUGGAGGAAGCAGCAGGAGGUCUCAGAGCCAUGAAGGGGAGCGUGGCCUUUCUUAUGUUUGGAAAAACAUUUUUCUCCCCUUUUGUGCUGCUCAGCCUUCCCUGGGCAGAGCCGGGGAGAUGCCAGCCCGCCGCUGCCUGCGCAAGGGACAUGCUGCAACUUCCCAUUUUAAUAACUUUUUCCCUAGGAUAUCAGCUCUUUACUCUGCCUGAGCAGUGAUCUAUCAACAAAUAUUUUAAUUAGGCCUUAUAUAUCUGUGGCCACUGUUAAACCCUGGCACUGGCAGGCUCCUGGCUCAGCCCCUCCGAAAGGCUUAUUGGUACGUCGGAGCGUGAGCCUGGGCAGGCGGCUGGUGCGACGGUGACUCCCAAGGACGGGGGGGGAUCCCCAGGUACGCUGCCGGUCUUGCACUGCGUCCAUCGGGGCACCAGAGAGCCGUGCUCUGGUGGUGAAGUGCUUUUAGCAAAAAGGAACAAAAGCCAGACGUUUAAAUGAAACUUGGGAAGACUUGUCCAACCAACUCGCUUUGCUGCCUGCCUUGAAAUGAAAACAAGCAGAAGUUUUUAGAGCAACGUGAAUUCACCAUUCCCAUAACCAUUCGGCUCCUGUAGGAGGUGUGAUAAAAAGCAUGUAGAAAAUUUAGGUAUUCCCUAGGCAGCGAGAUGUCUGAUGCCUUCACCCGAGAUGCGCAUGUAGGACGCGCCUCUCCGUCCCUGCUGUCAGCAGCAGGUUAUGUUGGUGUGACUUUGUGAGAGCCGCAUCGAGCCGCAUCCACGCGUUGGGUGCUGCUUUACCCUUCGUCUGAGGGCUCUCGUUCAGGCCUGGCUUACCCGGACCCAAGCUGGCGGAGUGGGGAGCGUUGGCUGGGGCAGUGUCCGUGCGCCGCAGCCGUUUGGGUCGGAAAGCUUUAGUCCACUAUUGCAUUAAGCUGAAACGAGCAAGCAGAGGCAUCCCUCGCGUUAAGCCGCUGUGGUCCGCGGGCGUCCCCAGCCGUGGCGCCCGUGCGAGCCCUGCGGGCAGGAGGCGGCAGCGCCCUGGCCGGGUGCCGGAGCUCCGGGCGAGGCUGCGGGAGGCGCCGGGGCCGGGGGCUGCGCGGGGCCCUGCUGACGGGCACGUGGCGUCUAAAUGCGCUUGCCGUGGCCCAGCUGCUCUGCCCUUCCCGUGUCGGGCACGGGCGCGCUCUUUGCCUUCUCAGAUAUAUCUGCCAGCUGCUGAAUCCGGGUGGCUGCUGCGGGAGCUGCAUCGCAAGCUUGGCAGCGCACGGCGUGGUCUGGAGUUAACAAGGCUUCCCUUUACUGUGGAUUAGUUACUUGUUUGGUUUUUUCCCUUUUUUUUUUUCUUUGUUUCCUUUUUUGUGUCGUUACAUGUUCUCUGCUCUGCAAAAUCAGCUCGAUGUGCUCCCCAGGAGCAAAAACCCUGGUUUGUCCCUGCCCUUUCCAGCUGUUUGGCAGCUGUGCAUCAGCCUAGCUCAGGCUCAGCCUGGGAUCGAGCAGAGCUGUGUCAGUUGAGCUCCGAGGUAUUGGUUAGAUGAUUCUGUCGUCUUAACAAGAGUAAAAUUGCAUCUUCCUGUAUCAAUCCCCUCCUGUGCUGCAGGGCUGCUCCUCCCGCCGCGCUCGGCCGGAGCCCGGGGCAGGGGCAGCUGCGGGUGCCUUGGUGCAGCCGGGGGGUGGUGACGGGGCCUCCCAAAUUUGGGGGUAAGAGUGGCUCGAAGCGGGGUUGUGUGGAGAUGCUGGAGAAUACAGACGAUGAAAACGAGUAGGGAUUGAUGCAAACGGUACAGGGCAAGUGUUAAUAUGUGUUAUUUAAUUGUAGAAACCUUGAUCAUGCUGUUCCUUCUUCUCCUUUUUGCUUUAUUUGCACUAGUGUUUGACUUUUUUUUUUUUUUUUAGGCUGACUUGCGAUUUGGCUAUUGGUUUUUAUUUGAAACAUGGUGUUUUGAAAAUGAUUUAAUAGUUUGGUAAGCCUGUCAGUAGAGGCACAGCAUUUGUGAUAGUGCUCUGACCUCAUUUCUGGAAAACAUCAAAUGCAGAGGGAUGAUGGUUACUUUGUGCAAGGCUUCAAAACCAAGGAGUACCAAAGGGUUUUGUUGCUUGAUAAUUGCAAACUUUCCUCGGGCUUGGGAUGGUAAAGCAGAAGCUUGUUGCACAAUUAGGGUUAAUUAUCCAGGAGGACAAACUACCAGUGGCUCCAGUGCUCUUGCGACACUCCUGUUUCUCAUUCCCACCCUCCCGCCAUCCCCAGGACAGCGAAAAGGCGCAAUGUGAGACUGCAAGGAGUGUGUUUAAAGUCGAGCUGGGCUCCAGCCCUGUCCGUGAUGCAGGUGGUGGUCUGGGGAGGAAUUUCUUUCCCAUCCCCAAGGACCAGGCAGAUGCAGCCAGGGCUCGAUGGAGCUUUGCAGCGUUGUUUUAAAGCAAACCGGUGUCCCCUCAGCUCUGCGUCUGCCUCGCGGCUGUCCUGCACGGGAGUGAAUGCAUCCCCCUGUAGAUGCUCACUUUUGAAAAUGAAGCACGUGCUGUGAGUUCCCUCGCUUUCCUGGGGAUGCGCGCAGGUUUGAGGAAGCUUGUGCAGGCAGAGUGGUGUGAGAGAUGGGUUUGCUCUUUUCUAUGAAAAAUUCCAAGUGGUUUUAGCUGUUUCUGCGAGUGCUGGCUCUGGGUUUCAAGUGCUCUUAGGGCCGGGGUGCCUCUCGUGGGUGAUGCUCCGUGACUCCCGUGGUGUCGGUUACCUGCUUCCCACCCCUCGCCUGUAAAUGCUGUCUGCAGGAGAUGGAACGCCUUUUUUUCCCCUGGUGUUUUCAAAGAAGUAAAUCCUGGUUGCUUUUCCAGGCAGUUUACAUUGUGUAUUUUGGGCAAUGAUUGCCGGGGGGUUGGACGCCAUCCUGCCAGGGCAGGGGGUGCGGGGGCUGCUGGCAGGUGUCCCCCAUGUGCAAGGGGAGCAGCCAUCGUGUGCUGUGGGAGCUUUAGAGAUGCUGCACGGAGCUGCCAAAGUCCUGCCUGGUGUCUCUUGUGCCACACUUACGGCUGGAGCCCCUUGGAGGCCCCUGUUGUGGAGCUGCAACCAGCUGGGUGCCCUCCCCGUGGCUCCCUGUGCCCCACGGCUCCCCAUGCCCCACGGCACCCCACCGCACACCCCAGCCCCCUGGCCAGCUUCAGUGGGGAAGAGCACCGAGGACAGGGCAAAGGGCCAUCGUGGCCUGCUUUGAAAAAGGUUUUGACCUUGUUUCUCACUGCUAGAAAACGAGGGGACAGAGACUAACAGGGCAAGAAGCAUCCUGUGCUCCCGGGGCGUGUGUUUGGUAAGGAAAAGAACAGAUUGGAGCAGAAACCGUCUGUCUCCAGGCGAUGUGCAUCCUCCCAGCCCGAGGGGCGAGUUUAAUUUUGUUGUUGAUGUUAAGACAGCUCCAGCUAUUACUUUUCUUGAGCCCUUCCCUGAGUGUGUCCCAAUAAAACUCUUGGUUUAAA